GAGAAUUUUUGGGGAUACGCGCUCCUAGUAGGAAGUGGAUACUGAUUGUAUGCGUAAACACAACACUACAGACAUGAACUAGCUGCUUCGAUGCCGUUGGGGUUAGUUUUCCUCGGGUCUCGAACAAUCCUGACUAGCCAGCCCGUCAUCCGGACCAUGCAGGUUGAACGUUUCGCCGGUGGUUAUCCGGUUUUAGGCCCGGAAUACUACAAGGACGAGGAUAUCCCCAACCCGGGGUUACCCAAGGCUCCACAUAUCGGCGGAAGAGCACCCCCUCUUUAUCUUAUUUUCAGAUCAGCUGGACCGGGGAAGGACAGUCUAGGCCGUGACCGGCAGAAAAGCAACGAAGUGGUUGGAACAUCCUGCAACGAGAACGGAGGAAAAUUCCCGCUCAAUUCUCCGGUGUUGGAUGAAGCACGAAAGAAAUACGGAGAGAACUGGGUCUAUGUUUUCGCAGGCAGGAACCCAAAAGGGGUCAGUAGCCGAAAUGGUAGUCCAGUGCAACCGGUUGACCAUUGAUCACAGCGACGUGAUGAUGUACCCUCUAGCCCUGUCUAUGCUGCUGUAUGCAGACCCUGAUGAGAAACUACGUACCUGCUAUGUAGGUGUAAGGCGGAGUAC